CUAUUCUUUAAAUCAUGCUAUUUAAAAAGUGUCAAAAUCUUGUAGUAGAUUCGACAGCCUUCUUAUUAAAUGCGCCAAUAAAUGUUUUAGGACAAAACAUUUACACAAUUCAAGAAGUUGUUGAUGAAAUAAAAGAUGAGAAUACUAGGCAAAGGCUCUCUGUUUUACCAUAUAAAUUACUCAUUAAGGAACCACAAAAGGAACACUUUAAAGCUGUGGUUGAAGCUGCCAAAACAACUGGGGAUUUCUCUGUCCUCUCAUUGACCGACAUAAAAUUGAUUGCACUUGCUUAUGAAUAUUAUCUGGAAGGGAUUCGAGAUAAGGCAAACGAAUUGCUUCCUCCUUCAUCAAAAGAACAAAUUUUAACCACAAAUCAUUUAAAUACCACGAAUAAUUUAUCUACCACAUGUGCCACUAUUACGAAUGUAUGGAACACGAACAAAACAAUUGACAAACGAAAAAUUAUAGAAGCAGACGAUAAAAUCUUUGGUUUUUAUUCCCCGGCUCACUCAGCUCUCAAUAAAAAAGAUGACGAUGUUAUCCGGGAUUUGACUUUACAAAUGAUGGAAAAAAUAAUGAUCGAACAACAAUGCAUAGACUCACCAGUUGAAAACACUUCCUCAAAAUCAGAUGUUAUUGAGAUGGUUGAUACGGAUGAAAUGGGCGACGCAGACGAUACAUAUUCUAUAAAUUCGGAAACAGCGCAAUCGCGAGCAGACGAAAACGAAGAAGAAGGAUGGAUUACCCCCGGAAACUUAGCCGUGCAUAUAAAGAAUUCGGGGGAAUGUGAUUGGACCCAAUUACAGGAAGAAAGUGAUCUGAAUAAUGGUCGAUCCUCAGACGACGACGAGGAGGACGGAAAGGAUUUAGAAAAGAAACGAGUAGGUGACGCGAAUAAUACGAGUAGCGAUUACGUAGCGUGCCUAACGGACGAUUUCGCUAUGCAGAAUGUUUUGUUCAAAUUGAAAAUCCCUGUGAGAUCAUCGAGGAAUGGCGGAAUCAUACAAGCCAUAAAAGAAUACGUUUUAUUCUGCAAGGCUUGCUACAAAACGACUACGGACACACAUAAGAAAUUUUGUAAGCAUUGCGGUAACAAGUCUCUUACGCGCGUCGCUUACUCUGUUGACGCGGAAGGAAACAGAGCUCUUCGUAUAAAUCCACAAAAAAUGGUCGGUAGAAGGAGAACUAAGUUUUCCUUGCCAGCCCCAGCUGCGGGAAAGCAUCCCAAACAUUCGAUUGUCCUCAAAGAGGGCCAAAAAUUGGCCCAUAACGAAGCUCCCCGUGAUAGAAACCGGAAAAGGAAAUACGUUGAAUCGGGGACCAAUUUUGCGGGAGAUUCUCCUUUCUCCAAAACAGACAUCGAAUCUAGGGCAUUCUUGGUUUCGGGAUUGAGAUCAAGGAGAUGACAAUUUUUUUCUUUAAAUGAAAAUUUCUCACUUUUGUAAAAAUUUGUUUUCUUUCAUUUCUAUUUAUAUUGUUAUGUGCAAUGCGAACAUAAAAUAUAUUUU